AUGAAAGUCGCCUUUGCAUUGUCUGCGCUCUUCACCUCUGUCGAUGCCAACCUCAAAAUCGUCGGGGGCAAGGAAGCCGUCGUCGGCCAGCACUUGUACGUGACUGGAAUUCGUUCCUCUGCCUCUGGAAUCGACUCGUGCGGAGGUAGUUUGAUCGCCCCCAACGUCGUCUUGACCGCCGCCCACUGCAUGGGCCAUGGCCUCAAAUAUGUAGCCAUUGGGUCGCACUACAACAGCGGCACCAAGGACGGUGAGCAGAUCAACAUCAAGCAAGAGAUCAAACACCCAAAGUACAACAAGAAGACCAGCUCGUACGACUUUGGCGUAUAUAUUUUGGAACGCGACUCCAAGUUCCCGGUCGUGGAAGUGUCUUUCGACAAUGUGGAAGCCGAUACCCCCACGGUUGUGCGUGGUUGGGGCACCACGUCUUCGGCAGGGUCUCUGUCCAAGGUCUUGUUGGAAGUCGGGGUAGAUGUGGUCAACCAAGAGCAGUGCACCAAGUGGUUGUCUGGUCAUACUGGCGUCGACGGCUUCUCCGUCGACGCCAGUAUGUUGUGCUCCGGUGGCAAGGAGGGCGAAGAUGCGUGCCAAGGCGACUCUGGCGGACCCUUGACGGUGGAAACCAAUGGUUCUGCAAAGUUGGUGGGGGUGGUCAGCUGGGGGCUUAAGUGUGCAGAGAAAAACAAGCCAGGCGUGUACAGCCGCAUCUCCAUGGCUCGCGACUUCAUUGAGCCGUACCUAAAGAACUCCCCCACCUCGACCCCUGAAGCCCACAACUGCCUCCCCUUGUACCACCUCGGCUCCUUGCCCGACCAAACCUACCACCAUGCCUAA